CACACACCCACAGAGAGCCCAACACACUCACACACACACAACUGCACGCAGCGAGGCUCGGGAAGUCAGGCCGGCUUCUCGCCCAGGCGCCUCCUCCGCUGCAGCCGGCCGGUCUCCCGGGGGCUUGACGCUCGAGCGGGCUGCUCAGCCGGGCAAGGGGAAGAGCUUGGCGGACCCCCGUCCCUCCAUGGGCAAACGCGGGCGGCCGCGCAAGGAGGCGCGCUGCGAGGGCGCGGGGCCGGUCCCCGCCGCGCCCCCGGCCGUGUCCCCGGCCCCGGCCGCGCCCCAGCCCCCGGCCCAGUCCGAGGAGCCCGCCGGGGCCAAGCCCAGGUGCCCCUUCUCGGACAUCUUCAACACCAGCGAGAACUCGAUGGAGAAGCUCAACACUUUUCUGCAGAACGUGCAGAUUCUCCUCGAGGCCGCCAGUUACCUGGAGCAGAUCGAGAAAGAAAACAAAAAGUGUGAACAUGGCUAUGCCUCAACGUUCCCCUCCAUGCCAAGCCCCCGGCUGCAGCAUUCAAAGCCCCCACGGAGGUUGAGCCGGGCACAGAAACAUAGCACUGGGAGCAGCAACACCAGCACUGCCAACAGGUCUACACACAAUGAGCUGGAAAAGAAUCGACGAGCUCAUCUGCGCCUGUGUUUAGAACGUUUAAAAGUUCUGAUUCCGCUAGGACCAGACUGUACCAGGCAUACAACACUUGGUUUGCUCAACAAAGCCAAAGCACACAUCAAGAAACUUGAAGAAGCUGAAAGGAAGAGCCAGCACCAGCUUGAGAACUUGGAACGAGAACAGAGAUUUUUAAAGCGGCGACUGGAACAGCUGCAGGGUCCGCAGGAGUUGGAACGAAUACGAAUGGACAGCAUUGGAUCAACUAUUUCUUCAGAUCGUUCUGAUUCAGAGCGAGAGGAGAUUGAAGUGGAUGUUGAAAGCACAGAGUUCUCCCAUGGAGAAGUGGACAAUAUCAGUACCACCAGCAUCAGUGACAUUGAUGACCACAGCAGCCUGCAGAGUAUUGGGAGUGACGAGGGUUACUCCAGUGCCAGUGUCAAAAUUUCGUUCACUUCCUAGAACCCAGCAUGACAUAACAGUGCAGGGCAAAAUAUUCACUGGGCCAAUUCAAUCCAAACAAUCUCUUAAAUUGGGUUCAUGAUGCAGUCUCCUCUUUAAAACAAAACUAUACUUGAACAAAAGGGUCUCAAAAGACCUGUAUUUAAGCAAAUACAUAGCAAAAAGUGGAGCAGAGCCUCCCCAGCUGAAUAAAUACUUGUAAUACUCAUAUUGGAAAAUCACAAUUUCUAAUGGCAGCAGAAAACUUGUGAGAAAUUUCUUUGAUUUGAUUUAGUUGAUUUAAAAGAGGACAUUGGAAAUCCCAUCCUCUCUUUCUUUUCUAGUUUGCUCAUACUACACAGAGUAGACACGUUUUAAGGAUGGGUUAUGAACCCUUCCUGAGCUUUAUGGUCCUAAAAACAAAUAAAAUCAAACCUGUAGUAAUGACAAGAUGAAAUCAGGCAUUAAUCCUGGAUAGCUGAAGAGCUAUUGUUACUCAGCCUGGGACAGAUUAUCAUGAAGCCUGUGGAUGAUCAAUACUUUAAAAAAAAAAAAAAAACAAACUCAUUUCAUGCUCUGCUAAAGGAGAGAUUCCCAUGAAGCCUGUUGAGAGGGAUCAUCACGCAGCUCAGCUUUCUGUUGGAUUCCAUGCUAAGCAGGCUAACCUUAUCCUGCAUUGUUAGCACUAGGGCACCAAACCGCCAGCUUGCCAGCCGCCUCUAGGCCCCUGGGCAGCAGGGAGGCAGUCAGUGCGUGACAGCCUCCACCAUACAAGGCCCGUGAGUAUGGAUUGGGGGGCCAGAAGGAAAAAGCUCCACGUGCCUCUGUGUCUGCGUGGGCCAGAAGGAUUUUGCACGCAGAUAAGCAGGCCAAGGUCUGAGCCACGGCAGCAUUUUUAUUUCAGAUUUUGAUAACUGUUUGUAUAUGUUGAAACCAAAAUGACAUCUUUUUAAAAGCUUGUCCAUAAAAAACAUAGAUGUCUUUUAUAGUGGAAAAACACAUGGGAAAAAAUCAUCUAUUUUGAUGCAGCAUUUGAUAAUGAUAAAACACCUCACACCUCACUCUUUAUAGUGCACAAAAUGAAUGAGGUCUGGGCUAGGUAGAAAAAAGGUCAAUGCUAAUGUUUUUGUUUUCUUUUAGAAUCAUUACCCUUUACCAGCUUUUAACCAUCUGGUAUCUAUAGUAGGCUAUCAUAGUUAACAUAGUUAAGUUCAGCACUUGUCUUAUUUUAGUGUAAAGAUUUGCUUCCAUGUUCCUGCAGGCAGUCUCUCUCCUUCCUCAAAAUUCCACUGUGCAGGUGCUAUUGUUGCUGUUAUGAAUAUUUUCAGAAAUGUUAUUUUCUUAAAAGUGAAAUUUCUAGCCUGCACUUUGAUGUCGUGUGUUCCCUCUGUCUUUUAAACUCCAAGGUUCCCCUCUUGCCCUCUUCCUUACCACAGGGAGCAUUCCUGGAGACCUUACCCCUGGCUGUUUGAACUUUGUAUACUUUAAAUAAUUUAACUACCCUAAUUACUUAAAAAAAAAAAAAAAAAGCUUUAUGACUUUCAUAACUUAUUGCUGAUUUUAAUGGGUUGUUAAUUUCAGUCCUGUAGUUUUAUUUUAUGUUUUAGGUAGGGCUGGGCAAGGAAAAAGAAAAUAAAGACAACCAUAUUUAGCAGUGCA